AUGCGUCUCCCAGACUUUCUUUCAAAAUGGGGUAUUCUCUUCCGAAGAUUGUCGGGACGAUAUAGACGUCAACUAUUGCCUCCCGAAUUUGGUCCAUCUUCAAACACAGAAACGUUGGGGGAGAUCUUAGAAGACUGCGGGACAAGUGAAGAUAACGGUGGAUCAUUCCAAAAAUUAUUCCAUGAAGUGCCAAAAUACGUUGAUUUUCGCGUUUUUCUUGAAUUGCAUAAGGAAAUGAUGGAAACCGAUGGACAGAAACAGUAUAUUCGUGAUAUGGGUUUGCUUGAAUCCGCUUUACAUAGACUACAGUGGAUGUUUUAUUAUUCAGAAGCUCAAUCGAUUCCAUCAUUGUUUAAAAUGGCUGCCGCCCUUGGAGAAGCUGGCCAUCUUGCAAUUUCGAUGUUUUUAGCUAUAAACGGUUACGAUCUGGAUGCGGAUGAUGAAUCUACCGAGAAAAUUACGAUAGAUGUUGCAACAGGUGAUGUUAACAUAGAUAUUUUGGAAUCUUGGAUUUCUAGUAAUGUGAAAAAGAUAGAGUAG